AGGGUAACUGAUUGUCAAAAUGCAAGGUUAAACUAGUAAAUAUAACCAAAGCGUGAAAUCCGCUGUCCGAUUCGAUGCCGUCCUCGCUCAUCCAACGGACUUUAUCUUCUCACAUACUCCAAAGCUUGCAUCCCUGCGUAGCGUUGAACUUAACUCGCUGCGAAUAUAUGUACUCUUCAUCUAAACUGUUCCUCGCUCCUUGUUGAUCAGCGCCAACAGUCUCUCUCUCUGGGUGGAAUUGAUUCAAUAUCACUAACAUGGCUGAAGCUGCUGCACCCGUGGUUCCAAGUGAUGAGUUGUUGGAGUGGGCAAAGAAAGAUAAGCGCAGGUUGCUGCAUGUUGUAUAUCGCGUUGGUGACCUUGAUCGCACUAUCAAGUUUUACACGGAGUGCUUUGGUAUGAAGUUAUUGAGGAAGAGAGAUGUCCCAGAGGAGAAAUAUGCAAAUGCUUUUCUUGGUUUUGGCCCUGAAGAGUCUCACUUUGUCGUGGAACUGACAUACAAUUAUGGAGUCGACAAGUAUGACAUUGGAACAGGCUUUGGACACUUUGCUAUUGCAACAGAAGAUGUUUAUAAAUUGGUUGAAGACAUCAAGGCAAAGGGUGGAACCAUAACUCGUGAACCCGGACCUGUCAAAGGUGGAUCGACUGUUAUUGCUUUCGCGAAAGAUCCUGAUGGCUACCUCUUUGAGCUUAUUCAGCGAGGCUCUACUCCAGAACCACUCUGUCAAGUAAUGCUCCGUGUGGGUGACCUGGAACGUUCUAUCAAGUUCUAUGAAAAGGCAUUAGGAAUGCAACUUCUGAAGAAAACAGACAGGCCAGAACAGAAGUAUACCAUAGCAAUGAUGGGAUAUGCUCCGGAAUAUGAGACUACAGUUCUAGAAUUGACGUACAAUUACGGCGUUACUGAAUACACCAAAGGAAAUGCCUAUGCACAGGUUGCCAUUGGCACCGAUGAUGUAUACAAAAGCGCAGAGGUUGUUAACCUUGUGACCCAAGAGCUUGGCGGGAAAAUCACUCGACAAGCUGGUCCCAUUCCAGGGAUCAAAACCAAAAUCACUUCUUUCGUCGACCCUGAUGGAUGGAAGACAGUUCUGGUUGACAAUGAAGAUUUUCUGAAGGAGCUGCAGUAACCACCACCACGUGGAUGCUUUGUCUCAAACUCAUCUUUCGAUAAGAAUGAGUUACCUAUCUCCUUCCGUAGUCUGAAUAUUCUAUGUAAUUUUCAACUCUUUUAGUUACAAAACAUAAUACUCCAGUCCCUAUAAAAUUGUUCUCGUUGAGAGCAUGGUGUAUGUUUUUUUUUAUUUUUGGAUUAAGAGCAUGGUCUAUGUUAUAUUAUCUUAUAAUAUAUACUUUCUUAUAUUAAGCAUGCAAAAGCUGUAGUCUAAAGAGUAAAGAAUACAACCCCUCACAACCAACUGUGUUCCUGAAAGUGAGGAACUCGACAUUAUGCAAAUGGGAUGGUGGUAUUGUGGUCUCCCACUCUUCCCCUAUACCCACCCGAGAUCAAUGGGGCCGGCAGUGAAGUGGCAUACUGGCAUCUGGGGUUAGGGGUGGACCAUGGUUUUAGUCCCUGAAAAUUAGAACCUUAAUCGAAAUCGACAAGCAAUCAUUCUUUAGAUUUUAAAGGUGGUUUAAGUUUUGAUUCUGAUAGUGGUUUAGAUUACUACUACACUAAUACUUUCAUGAGAGUUUAUGUCCCGGUCUUCCAUUUGAUAGAAUUCGAGGUGAAGCCUUCUAUAUCACGGUUUGGUGCUGGUUCCCACCCCCAAUUUAAGCAGAACUAGAGCCCCAUGAGAUAGAACCAAUUCGUUUUACGAGCAUUCAAGAACACUAGUUAUAUCACUCAUGUGUUGCACUAUAUUUGAUUUUCUCGAUCAUGUUAGAUAACUUUAGAAAGACAUAAUGAUUGCACAUCACAACAUGUUGGAUGAAUAUGGUUUUAAUAUAGCAAAAACCAAGGAUUCGUUUCCCUUCAUAGUGUGCUCAUCAGUUACACAACACCAAUCCACCUUCAUCUUAGUAUUUGGAGAAUUGGAGGUGCCCAUCGUUUCCGCUUAACUGCUUAAGUGUACGCUGACAUUUAUUUUUCAUUUGAGAGUAAUUCAGUUUGCUGAUGAACAUAAA